AUGGGCGCCGCGCCGGGCCAGCCCCCCUCCCCGCCGCCGCCGGAGCGGACCGCGUCGCCGGAGCGGGGCGCCCUCCGCGACUGGAAGGCGGAGAUGAUGUCGGCGCUGGGGGAGUCGGUCUCCUUCGGCCGGUUCCUCUCCGAGCCGCUCGAGUGGGGCCGGUGGUCGGCCUUCGAGCACAACCGGUACCUCGAGGAGGCCGCGGGGCAGUCGCGCCCCGGAUCCGUCGCGCAGAAGAAGGCAUUCUUCGAGGAGCACUACGCCAGGAAGCGGAAGAGCGCCGAUGUCGACGAGGGCGAGGAUGUCGACGAGGGGCGCGAUGCUGAUGCGGACGGCGGCGAAGCCUGGUCGGCGGACUCCUCGUGCAUGACGGAUGAGCCCGCGGGAGAGGAGACCGGCGGCGUAGAUUCGGGUGCUCCGGAGGAUUGCGGCGCCGUUGUCGAUGCUGCCGUGCCGGGGGAAGCGCAUCAGGAGCUGAAGGCUGUUGCAGACGGCGUUGUCUCAUCGUGCCGCCUGGAUAGCACGGCUGAGCGGUCACACGAGCUGCGUGAUGUGCAGGUUGCUGAAGCGAGAAAAGGGCUGCAGUUGGAUGCUGGAUGUGUCGUGGCUGCUGUUGAUGCCGUUGAGAAGGAGCCGUUACAGGAGAGUUCGAUUGUCAAUCAAGGUAUAGCAGAUACUGUCGAGAAGAAGAGGCACCCGAUGUCGUCGCUAUUUCAGAAGCCUGCGGAAUUCAGUUCUCCCCCAUCAGGAAAGAAAGCGCCGUCUUCGUCAGCCAAAAGGCGGUCGACCCUGCGUCCAGCGAAGGAGAACAGCUCACCAUUUCCUAGUACUGACAGUAACAAGCAAGAAGAGACUUCAGUUGCUCAGAAAGGGUCGAUAUUGGGUACCAUGAACUUCAGGAGAUGUGAAAUAGGCGAUACUGCCUCGAGAUCAAGAAAUCUUGGUUCCACAAUUGCUUCGAGGAUUAGUCAGCUGGAGUCUGCAAGCAGGCCGGUGAAAGAUGUUCAUCCUAAGGUGAACAAACAGAGGCGGACAAGCAAGGGGUUCUGCAAAGGUAUUCCAGAAGCAGCUUCCACGGCAACUCAACAGCCUGAACAAAGGUAUCACUCAGAAUCCAAAAAGUCUCCAUAUGUCAGUGUGACGAGGGUCAAAGAAAUGUUGUUUGGUUCAACUUCGCCACCGACGCAUCCGGAAACCAAUAUAGCUAAAGAAAAUAUGGGAAAAGCCAACGAUGAACCUGAAUUGAAAGAAAUACAUCAGAGCGUCCGUUUCAAGGCCAGGUCACUGCCAAAUUUUUACUGGAGAAGUAAAGAAUCAAAGGAUUCAAGGCAGGGGGCACGAGAGACCCACCAAAAUCCGCCGAACAGCGAUCAUAGACUGAAUGAUGAUGCCAGUGACCCACACGGAAUGAGCAGAGGAGCCUCGAAGGACAAACAAAUAUGUUGCUUCCCACUUAUAAGGCGGUAG